GUUUCAUUCGCCGCAAUUCACUUGUUUUGACUGUCAUUGCAUUGCGCAGCGUUGUGAUUUUCCAAAGAAAAACUACGAAAAAUCCAGAAAAUCUUUAUUUUUCUUCCGGUUUAUUAUCCUAGUUCGUUUCUGCAAGGAUUAAAGUGUGAAACUGUGUAAAAAUUUUAGAGAAACAGUGAAGAAAAGUGUCCUGGAAUGGCAUCUGUCGAUGGAGAUACCCUCGAUCGAUCACUUAAUGAUAUUUUCCAGGAAGGAUACACUUGCCUCCAGAAUCUCGACAAGAGGAAUGAUCCCACAAACAGUCCAGAAUUUCAGCUGGAAAUCAAGAAAUGCAUGAAGCUCUUUGAGGAUUCGACACGCCUGGUCAGUGCUAUUGGAAUGUUCAGUUCCAAUGAGAAAUACACAGAGAUUCCAACGAAUCAUCUCAAAUACCUCCUCCUGCCCUAUUUUCUCGCCCAAUUGACACAGAAACUCUGCAAUGGCGAUCGUGGCGAGAUUGUUUCAACUUCGGAAAUCUACUACAAGGAUUUCCUGAAACGAUGUUCAGAAUAUGGUCUUGCUGAGGGAAUAUCACUGCAAGUUGCCAAACCGUCCAAUGGGAAUGACGCUCCGGCCAAUGAAAUGGCAAUGCUGAUGCAGAUGGCUCAAGGAAGGAAUGCCAAAAUGCAAAAGUACAAGCAGAAAAAGGAGCUCCAGGAGAAGAUUGAUCUGCUGAAGGAGGCCAUGGCCCGGGAGGAAGUGGAUGAGGAUCAGCAGAGAGAAUUUUACAUCAGUAUGUUAAAAUCCUGCGUGCUGGAAUGUGAGGAUGAUCUGGCCAGCGUAGCACUGGAGAAACAGAUGCUCGAGUUUAGAAGCAACUCAGGAAACCGGGAAGAGACAAAACCUGCCCCAAGAGGACCUCUCCUGAAACCGAUAAUUAUCACUAGAGAUGCAGUUCAGCAAGCUGUCUAUGGACGGGGCUAUCCAAGUCUUCCCACAAUGACUGUUCAGGAUUUCUACGAUCAACGUGUCGCUGAGGGAAUCUUCCCAGAUCCCACUAAAGCACCCAAGAAGCCACAGCAGAAGAGUCGAAAGGACAUGACGGACCAAGAUGUACUCGAGCAGGAAGAUUUGGAAGCUGAGGAGAAGGAAAGGCUAGAGGAAGCUGAAGAUGUGGAUUACCUGGCCAGAGCACGAAGGAUGGAUGAAUUCAAGGAUGAAGUGAGGCGAGGAGAUGGAAAUCGCUACAACAGGAGCUGAAGUACUUGCUUAGGAAUUUUCCUGACCAAGCACAAUUCAAAAUUCUACGAGUUGCUAGCCUCCUGUUAAUCUCUGUAUGAGACUUUUAGAUACUCUUAAUAAAAUUAACUACCUUUGCAAAAAAAAUCUAAA